AUGGCUUCAUAUACAUUUAUACUACCGAUAAUAUUGUGUAUGUUUUGUGUCUUAUAUUGUGUCGGAAGAUCUAUUGUGUAUGAAGACGAUGAUGAUUACGACUACGAUAUAGUUACGGAACCUCCAAAACGUGUUUUAGAUAUGUCUGCUUGCGAAAAACCAUGCCUUAAUAAUGGAACAUGUGUUGAACCUGGUGUAUGUCAAUGUCCUGAAAAUAUUGCAGGAACACAAUGUGAAUUAGAUUACAACUGGAGAUGUGAAAAGCUUGAUUCUUUUGAAAAUGCUUAUUUGAUGUGCUCUGACUUAUUUAACACUGGGGAUUUGAAAUGUUAUGUAAGUUGUGAUUCUGGAUAUAAGACGAUUGAUGGUAGACCUGCUACAUAUCUCACAUGUUUAAAUAAAAAAUGGUAUAUGAAAUCAAGAAAGGAUGGAAAAUUAUACGAGCCUAAAUGUCAAAAUCCAAAUGUGAUCGAAGAAGCUAGCUCAGUUAAACAGACCAAAAAUGAAACUAUCUGCAAUCCACCAUGUCAGAAUAAUGGAAUUUGUUCGGAAUCAGGUGUUUGCCAAUGCCCUGAAAAUGUUAAAGGAACACAUUGCGAACUAGAUUUUAAUUCGAAGUGUGAUGAAUCUGGACAGCUGGGUGAAGUUUCUUAUAUCAACUGUGCCAAUGGUCAAAUCAAAAAUGACAAGUCAGUUAGGUGUCAAAUAUAUUGUCUUGAUGGGAUGUUUGAAAGUGAUCUCUACUGUCUAAAUAAGAAAUGGAACAUGAAGACAUCGGAAUCAGAAGAUGAAUAUAAAAUUCCCACAAAAUGCGAAGAUCUUAGACAACAAUUCAAGUGGAAGACAACUUCAACUACAGCAUUUGCAGAUCAGUCUACUACAUUAUAUUCUAUGGACUAUAAGACAUCUGAAUAUGAUAUCAGCUCUGACACUCCAAUAAACAAAAAUGAUCUUAAAACCGAAGUGUCAACUUUAGAUAAAAAGUCCCCAAACAUCUUAUCAGACAAUAGUUUAUAA